AUGGCAGUAAAAAAUAGAGGUAUCAAGAGAGCUUCUGAAGCCACCAGCAAACAGCUGAAGAAGGCAAAAAUCGUUCAGGCCGAAAGCCAAAGCGAGUCUGAGGUUUCCAGUCAGGAAGAAUCUGAUGCUAGUAGCGAGAGCUCAUCCGAUGAGUUAGAUCAAAGCGAAGAUGAAUUAGACCAAAGUGAAGACCAACUUGACCAAAGCGCAGAUGAACUCGACCAGAGCGAGGAUGGACUUGAUGGGAGUGAUGACGAAGACAAAGAAAAUAUCACCGACCCCAACAAAAAGUCUUCUAAAGAACAACACGCCGAGCAGCGUAAAAUGUUAGCAGAGCGAAAAUUGAAGAGAAAAUCCGGAAUACAGGUACAACAGAUCAAAAGCUUAUGGGAGAGAUUGAGAGUCAACAAGCCCACCCCGGCCAAGGAAAUCAGAGACAAAUUGAGCAACGAAAUAUGGGAAUUAUCCAAGGAUUGCAUACCUGACUUGGUGAUGAAACACGAUUCGUCUCGUGUGGUGCAGACAUUGGUAAAGUACUCGUCCAAAGAAAGAAGGGAUCUUAUCGUCAGGUCCUUGAGAGGAUCAUUCUACGUGUUGGCCACUUCUGCUUACGGUAAAUACUUGAUGAUCAAAUUGUUGCAUUACGGAUCCAAAGAGUCUCGCGGAUUGAUUGUCGAUGAGCUCCACGGAAAGUUGAGAAAGUUGAUGAGACAUAGAGAAGGUGCUUAUGUGGUUGAAGAUUUGUUUGUCUUGUACUCCAAUGCUGAGCAGAAGCAACAAAUGAUCAGAGAGUUCUGGGGUGCUGAGUAUGCGGUGUUCAAGGAAUCUGGUAAAGGUAAGUCUGUUCUCGACAUUGUUAACGAGUCUACCGAGAAGAAACAAUUGAUAUUGACUAAUUUGAGUGGUACUAUCACCGCUUCCGUCGAAAAGGGUUCUACCGGGUUCCAGAUCUUACAUGCCGCUAUGAAGGAGUAUGUUUCUAUAUUGGUGUCAGAUUUGGACCAGUAUGAUACUCAAAUCAGAGAGUUUGAAGAAUUGCUCGGUGAGCAGUUUGCGGAGUUGGUUCAUACGCGGGAAGGAAGUGAGGUUGCGUGUUGGUUGAUUGCCAUUGCUAAUGCCAAGGAAAGAAGAAACUUGAUGAGAUCUUUGAAGAAACACGGAAAGGAGUUGAUCAAAAAUGAAUACGGUAACUUGGUGUUAAUCACUUUGUUCUUGACCGUCGAUGAUACGGUCUCCUUGCACAAAAACUUUGACAAUGAGUUAUUCACUCCUGAGUUAUUGCCUGAAGUGUUACAAGAAAAAUUCAGCAGAAGGCCGUUAUUGUACUUGUUGAAGGGUUUGGACGGGAAAUAUUUCAAUCCGCUUGUCAAGAAGGAAUUGCUCAAAUACGAAGAAUUGGCAUAUAAGAAAACUUCCAAGAAACCCCAAGAACAAAGAAGAGCAGAGUUGGUCGAGAAGGCUUUACCUCAAGUCUACAAGAACUUGUUGGAAGUCAUCAAGGUUGAUGAAAAUGCAUUUGUCAAUCAAGUACUUUCUGCGAACUUGGGAGCUCAAACCUUGGCCGAGCUCAUUUUAACUCCAUCUGCCAACGAAGAAAUAAAUACUACCUUAAGACCCAAGUUGAUCGAUGUGAUAUUCAACAGUGUUAUCAAGGGUGAUGUAUUAGAGGACUACCACUUGCUCAACAAAAUCCCAUUCAUAUCCAGAUUGAUCAAAUUGUUGACUCAUGGUAAUGAGUUCAAGUUCGAUUCAGAAAAGAAGAAAUUAACCCAAUUGAAAUCAGAAACUCCACUCCCUGGGACUGGAAAGGAGUUUUCUAUCAGAGUGUUGGAUGAAAUCGUUGAGAACGGCAAGUUGGCCGAUUGGUGUACUGGACAAGGAUCUUUCAUUGUGCUUUCUGUAUACGAGGUGCUUGAGACUCUGAAGGAGACCGAAAAGUUGAAAGAGUUGAAGAAACACUUGAAGAAGAUCAAGAAACAAUUAGCUGACGAUAAGGGUAAUAAAGGUGCACAAAUCAUCUUAAAGAUUCUUAAUUAA